UUGCGGCCGCCCAGGAUGAGGAGGUGCGGCCGCCGCCCGGGGCCGCCGCCGCCGGCGUCGCUGCUGCCGCUGCUGCUGCUGCUGCUGCCCGCCGUGCCCGGCGCCGGGGCGGCCCAGCUCUCCGUGCUCUACUCGUCCUCCGACCCGCUGACGCUGCUGCAGGCGGACACGGUGCGCGCGGCCGUGUUCGGCUCCCGCAGCGCCUGGGUCGUGGAGUUCUUCGCCUCCUGGUGCGGCCACUGCAUCGCCUUCGCCCCGACGUGGAAGGCUCUGGCCAACGACGUGAAGGGCUGGAGGCCGGCACUGAACCUCGCCGCCCUGGACUGUGCUGAUGAGACCAAUAGUGCUGUCUGCAGAGACUUUAACAUCCCUGGUUUUCCAACUGUCAGAUUCUUUAAGGCGUUUUCCAAGAGUGGCUCUGGAACGGCGUUGCCAGUGGCUGGUGCUAAUGUGCAGACACUGCGGGAGAGGCUCAUCGAUGCUCUGGAGUCCCACCAUGACACAUGGCCUCCAGCCUGUCCACCACUGGAGCCUGCCAAGCUGGAAGAGAUUGAUGGAUUCUUUGCAAGAAAUAACGAGGAGUACCUGGCCCUGAUCUUUGAAAAGGAAGGUUCUUACGUGGGUAGAGAGGUAGCUCUGGACCUGUCCCAGCACCGUGACAUUGCUGUGCGCAGGGUUUUGAACACAGAGGCCAACGUGGUGAACAAGUUUGGUGUCACUGACUUUCCAUCCUGUUACCUGCUAUUUCGGAAUGGCUCUGUCUCCCGAGUUCCUGUGCUGGUGGAAUCUAGGCCUUUCUAUACCGCCUACUUGCAGAGGCUGGCUGGGCUGCCCAGGGAGGCUCCUGCGACCACAGCCACACCAGCCACUACAGAGGAGAUAGCACCCACAGUGUGGAAAUUUGCAGACCGCUCCAAGAUCUAUAUGGCGGAUCUGGAAUCUGCACUACACUACAUCCUGCGGGUAGAAGUGGGCAAGUUUUCAGUCCUGGAGGGGCAGCGCCUACUAGCCUUGAAAAAGUUUGUGGCAGUACUGGCCAAGUACUUCCCUGGCCAGCCCAUGGUCCAGAACUUCCUGCACUCCAUUAGUGACUGGCUUAAGAGGCAACAAAGAAGGAAAAUUCCUUACAGUUUCUUUAAAGCUGCCCUUGACAACAGGAAAGAGGACUCUGUUCUUGCUGAAAAAGUGAACUGGAUUGGCUGCCAGGGCAGUGCACCCCAUUUCCGGGGCUUUCCUUGCUCCCUGUGGGUCCUCUUCCACUUCCUGACUGUGCAGGCAAGUCGGUAUAGUACAGACCACCCUCAAGAACCAGCCAGUGGCCAGGAGGUCCUGCAAGCCAUCCGGAACUAUGUUCGCUUCUUCUUUGGCUGCCGAGACUGUGCCAGCCACUUUGAGCAGAUGGCUGCUGCCUCCAUGCACCGGGUGGGGAGUCCCAAUGAUGCGGUUCUCUGGCUCUGGACCAGCCACAACAAGGUUAAUGCUCGCCUCUCAGGUGCCCCCAGUGAGGACCCCCAGUUCCCCAAGGUGCAGUGGCCACCCCGUGAACUGUGUUCUUCUUGCCACAAUGAACUCAGGGGGGUGCCUGUAUGGGACCUGGGUGCCAUCCUCAAUUUCCUCAAGAUCCACUUUUCCCCAAGAAACAUCGUCUUGGAUUCCCCUAUAGCUGGGCCAGCACCCCGAAGGGGUUCUCAGAGCUUGGCAGCCUCCCCAAAACUGGUGAUGGGCUCACUGGAACUGGUGACCACAAAUUCAACACUGGACCAGGAACAGGCUGAUUCUGCAGAGUCCCCUGGAACCACUGUCCCGGAUGUUCCAGCUGAGAACCCUGAGGCAAGUGGCCCCCAGGCACUCCACACAGGCCGUGGGAUGAGUGGAACUGAACCGGGGCAGGGCCCUCCCGAAAGCAGGGAAGAGCUUCAGAGUGAUGCACUAGAGGAUCCCCAAGGGCAGCACCACUCGAGCAAGAGAGACAUGAGGGCGAUUUUACUGGCAGAGGUGAACCACCUCCAAGGCCCUUUAGAGUGGAGGCGAGGAGGCCGUAGUCCCAAACAGCUGGCCAGCAUACCUGAGGGAGAGCCAGAGGCCCGAGCUGUGCGAGGACAAGGCCGGUGGCUACGGGCAUUGGGAGGAGGUUUCUCCUACCUGGACGUCGGCCUCUGUGUGGGGCUCUACUCCCUGUCCUUUAUGGGCUUGCUGGCCAUGUACACCUACUUCCGGGCCAGGAUGAGGUUCCUGAAGGGCCAUGCUGGUCACCACACAGCCUGAACUGUCCAGGGAGAGGCCAGGAAAGGAAAAGGGAGAAGCUGCCUUCUGUGGGGCUCUUCUGACCCCCUGUCCCUCCAACCUCCCCUCUACCCUGUGUACCACCUGUGGCCUGUGGGGGGGGGGCAGUCUAGGAAAGCCAGUGGCUGUAGUAAACCUGUUAGGUCUGCUGUGGAGAGAUUCAGAGACUCAAAAGCCAGGAACAGGACCCCAGACUUGUCAGGCCAGUGGGGGGCACCCUCAGGCAAAGGGUAUGAGGAGACUCAGGCCCUAGCCUCAGUACCAAAUUCCUGUUUUUCAGCUUUUUUGAAGUCCUGCCCCAUUCUCGCUGAAGCCUCAGUGUCUCCUGCUUGGUCUUGGCUCUAAAUUGGGGCAAACAAGCCCAGAAUUUCCAAGGUUUCUCAUCCAGAGGAGGGUCCCCUGCCCUCCUCAUUGUGUUCCAGGCUCUUUCUAGUCCUCUCCCUUUCAACAUGAAGAGGCUGCUGUGCCUAAGAAGAAAGGACACCUCCGGCCCUCUGUGGCCUACCUGUCCUCCAGCUCCUCAGAACUGUGUGGGGUUUGGCCUCAAGGGUGGGUCUAGAAGUUUCUAGAAAUCAUUCUGGUUUCCCAAGUUCAGAACAAGGUUUCUUCUAUAAAAGUAUAGUUUGGGGUUGGGGUAGACUUGUCUAUCUGUGUGGGUGACAGUUGCUGGGCUUGCGUGGUGGGGCUGAUAAGGUCAUGGUUGGGGCAAGGGUGCGCAGUAUGAGGGUCUGCAGUGCCUUAGUUUUGGGUUAGCGGUGAGAGGUAAAACGAGAGGAUAUGCUCUACCCCUCUCUGAGCUGGGGCUCUUGUCUUUUAUUUUGGUCUCCACAAUCCAUCCCAACCACUGAUGUAGAGUGCUAGGUUGAGGACAGUGGGGGAAGUGUUUCCUUUCUCAGAACUACACUUCUGGCAAGUAGAAGUUCAAAGAAUCUGGGGAGGAUGGUUCUGAACAUUCUUGAUUCCCACUCUACUCCGUCACUUGGAAGGGGUAUGUAAUAAAUUAUUUUUGUUAAGUCAA